GUUCAAACGCAGAUACGGACGACCCGGACGACCACGGAUCAAAGGAGGAAUAGGCAACAUAACGCUGAUGUUAAAUAAAAACGUCUCUUGAGUUCGGGCGGCUUAAGCCCCGUGCAGUGUACGGGACCCGCUUGACGUGCCACGCCUCCGGACCAAUGAGACUUGCUCCGCUGAGUCUGAGCAGAAGUAAUUAGAGACUGGAUCGAUGUGCUUCUGUCAUUCUGUGUACAGUAUCGGACAUGACUCCACGGGAAGCGAUCGUACUUUGAUUUAGGUUCCUGGCAACCUCCUGGACCGUCCCAGAGAUUCGAUCGUGAGUUCAAGGCCAAGCGGCUGGGGAAUUGGGAGGUUCCGAAGUGGUACCCCGACCGUCCGAGGCCUCCCAGAAAGACACCCACCCGAAUCAUAGUGAACGAACGCGGUCAUCUUCUUCCAGGAAUUCAGCGUGCUCCUGGGGACUCCGCCUGGGGCAACUACAAAGGCACCUGGGACUUGCCCAAAAAGAUUUCCCGCAAGCUGGCAUACGAGUUGACACAACCGCCUUUAUCACGCCUCACCCCAUGGGAACGCCGUUCCUCCCACGUUCCUUUGACAACGCCCGGCACAGUUGUGAGCACACAGGUGGAGGAUAAAGAGGGAAAGACCGAGGUUUCGCUUCCUCAGCACGGAGACAAGGAAAAUAAUCCAACUGGUGGUCACGAUGAGGACAUCAUGAAGCCUAAGAGCAGUGGUGCUACUCCUCCAGGAUCCGCGGGGCCACUUUGUGUGGCCGGACACUCUGCCACUUCUUCGAAGUUGACGGGGGUCACGCGUCACGAUUCGAUCAACCACAAAUCCCGAACUCCUACGCCUGUCAACAACACACACCCCCCUACACCACUACUUCCCAAACCACACACCCCUACGCCACCCCUGCCAACAAAGUCUCACACCCCGACGCCACCAAUUUCCACAAAGACUCGCCCUCCUACGCCACCCACGGGCCUCAAGCCUCCCCUUGCCGGCGCAUACUCGAACUUCCAGAUAGCGAAGCAGCUGCACCGGGAGAACCUGCAGCACCGGCCGCUGCCAGACACAGUGGACGACAAGCAGUAUCGCGCCCUGGAGGCAAACAGGGCGCCAUAUCCUGGGAAGGGUCUCCAGGUGGAGCCUCCGCGGGUAUCAGCGGUGGGGUACCGAGGUUACGGAGCAUCGGGUCCGUCCCAGUGCAGUAAGCUGAGGGUGUAUCGCCCCAAAACAGCUGUCCAGCUGGAGGAACGCAAGCAAGUGGAAGAAACAUUACCCCGCCGUCCUAGUACUGGCCGCGUGUCGGAUAUGCAGCUUGCCAUCUGCUGGGACCUGAAGCCCCCACGCGAGGAGGAUGAGCCCCGUCCUUCAGCCCACAUAGACGGCAGCAAUGGUAGCGUCGCGCCCGCCGUGUUCGCCCUGGUGCGCCAACCAUCUCCUGACCACGGUACCAAGGAAAACGGCGACGGGAAGCAGGGCUGUGAGACCAAGCAGGAUUGCGUCACCAAGGAGGGCUGUGAGACCAAGCAGGAUUGUGGCACCAAGGAAGGCUGCAACACUCCACCGGGUAAUGGCGAAAGCAUCUUCAAUGUGCUUCCAAAGAGUGCUUGGGGGGAAACUAAAGAGAACAAUAGCCCCAAUGUGGGGAGUGUCCAUAGAAGAAACGACAGCGCCGGAACUGAGUGCCAGCAUACUUCAGCAACACUAGAACGCCGCAAGGAGCACCAGAGUUCUCCCAACCUCAUGACGACUGGCCACAAGCCAGCUAAGCGCUUGCUCGGAGCACGCCCCUGUAUGGCCUGCGAACUGAAGCAACUACCCCCACAAUACCGCCCCCGGUCCGAAUACAAGAUGGCCUUCAAAGCGGGUAAGCCCAGCAACAGCUUCGACAGCGGCAGGGCCUGUCGCCCACAGACAGCUGCGGCCAAACAGGUACACGUACCCAAGCCCCGUGCCCCGUUCGCCAAGAGGAGCUACUCUAUCGAUACUCUGAGGCCACCGUUCAGCCUCUGGCCUGGACACAUGGGGCAAGGAUAUCCGGAGCACUGGAGGCUAGCCUCCGUGUACCAACACGCCUACAAGCCGGUAGAAGCCAGAAGGAAACCACUUCUGGCUAGCGUAUACCAGUAGUGAGCGCCAUUAGAUACCAUAGGGAUCUGUGAACCACUCUCUGUCAACAAGUAACACAGUUUCUGCCUGUCAGGCAUUUUGUUACUAUUCUGAAUACACUUGAAUCACUUUUACUGAUAAUAUUUCGGAUAUUUGUAAAGGUCAUUACUCUACGAACCAAGGGUACAUCAUGCCGUGUGUAGGCAACCUUAUGGAAGAAAAAUCGUGUCUAAGUAUGUCUGAAUUUCCCACCUGUGUAUGAACGUCGGAAGUAUGUGGAAAAUAGAAUCUAGUAACUUUCUAACUGUGAUGUAUCAGUGUAGGUCACGAACUAACAGCAACGUACCCUCAUUCCAAUACAAGGCCAGUGUGACAGCACAAAGAACCAACCUGGUGUGACAUAAAUUAAAACCCUCAAGCCUUCUGUUUGUGUUAAACAAAAAUAUCUGCCAAUCUUUUAUUCAUACUGGCAGUGAUCUGAACCUGUUAUGGAUCAAUGUAUGAGCAAAUAAAACUGUUUUAAUAAUUAUGACAAAAAUGACAGUUUUCAUAACAGUAUCUGGAAAUUUCAUAUCAUGGGCAGUUAACUGUGAAGACAUUUUUGAGAAGUUGAUCUGGUUUAUCUGAGAAGGGGCCUACACUUAUGCUGGCCCAGUCAACAAAAAAACGACACUUAUGUGAUACUUCAAGCAGUUAGUUACUGGCUUCCCACCGCAGCGGCCCAGGUUCGAUCCCGGGUCUGGUCAA